GUGUCUGCUGGUUUGGCCAGAGGUGAAACAUUUGACGAUUAGAUACGUGAGAUGGUCGUUGGACCAAACUUUGUUGUGAAGUCAUAUCCGAGAUUUUGUACUCGAGGAUAUGCAUUCACAACUCAGAAGAGGAGACGUUCGAGUACGACUUAUGAUGCUGGCGUUUGUUCUGCAUCAGGAGAUGAUGUAUACUACGGACACAUACAUGAGAUUUUGGAAAUCAAGUAUUUGGGCAUGGUUGGAUUGCGCUGUAUUGUUUUCUAUUGUGAUUGGCACGACAACACUCCAGAUCGAGGUGUGAGAACAGAUGCUUUUGGUGUUACAUCAGUAAAUUCGAGGCGAAAGCUGCAAUAUUAUGAUCCUUUCAUUCUUGCUUCUCAGGCCGAUCAGGUUAGUUAUAUCAAAUACCCUCGGGUAAGGAACAUAGAUGAUCCAUGGGUUACUGUUACAAGACUCAACCCGAGAGGCCGAGUUCAGGGAAGUUCUGAGCUGGAUGACCCACUACAACCAAGCACAUUCGGCAACUUAAGUGCAGCAGAAGAUUUAGUUGGAGUUGGCCUUGUAGUCGAUUUUACCGACUUCGGAGAGGAAGCCGUCGUUCACGUAGAGGAUGAACCAGUGAUUGGAGAGUUUCACCAAGAUCCAGAUCCAGAUUCAUCUGGUGAUGACGACUCGGAAACAGACUACCAUUGAUUUUUUUUAUUUUUUUUUAAAGAAAUACCGAGGAAAUUCCGAGGAAAACUUGAUAUACUCGAUCGAUCGAUCACAUUUUUUUUUUUUUUUAAAGAAAUACCGAGGAAUUUGUUUUUCCUCAGAAUUCCAUCGGAAUAUUCCGAGGAAAUUCCGAGGAAACAAGGUUUUUAAAUCGAAAACAACGUUUUUCGGUUUGAAUAGCACUUAUAUAACCCUUAUUAAGUAUCUUAGACUUAUUAUGUAGUCAAAAAUUUGUUUCUUACCCUAUAAUAAACACUUUUCCGAUUGUAUGAA